AUGAGGAUGACUUCCGACCCUCACAAGAGUCAGAUGGCCUGUCUGGAGGAGGUCCACAUCACCAACAUCAGACCUGGAGAAGGACUGGUUAGAAGAGUUAGCAUGCGUCCCAAGUGGCACCCUAUACCCUAUAUAGUGCACUACCCCUGACCAGGGCCCAUAGGGAUCAGGUCAAAAGUAGUGCAAUAUAUAGGAAACAGGGUGCCAAAUACAAAGCAGAUUUAUACUUGAAAUUAGAGACAAUUCUUACAUGAUCAGCCCAAGCUAGAUGUACUGUUUGAUUUCUCCGUCUCUGAGAUUGAUUGCUUCUUCCUUAUGUUGUCCUGUGUCUUCUCAGGGGAUGUAUAUCAAAUCCACCUACGACGGGCUUCACGUCAUCACUGGAACCACAGAACAUGUGAGCAUCCAAUCCGUUCUGAUAGUAGUAGUCCAAGAUGGUCUGGAAUGACCCAGUCAGGGUGAAUGAACUCCUGUGAUGUCUAUAUGCUCAUCCUCUAUAUAUCACCCUCGGUCCUCCAGUCUCCGGCAGACAGAACACACAGGAUCCACGCUGGAGACGAGGUCAUCCAGGUCAACAAGCAGACAGUG